CAACAAAUAUGGCGGGCAGCUCGACGAGGGAGGUUAUAACACUUCAAUUUGGCCAUUAUUCCAACUUUGUAGGUACUCAUUGGUGGAAUAUUCAAGAGUCUAGCUUCUGCUAUGAUCCCAAUGCUUCAUUUCAACAAGAAAUCAACCACGAUGUCUUGUUCAGGGAGGGUUUAACUUUGCUUGGUGAGCAAACCUAUACCCCAAGGUUGCUGAUGUUCGAUUUGAAAGGAAGCCUGAAAAAUCUGCCAAGAUACGGUACUUUGUAUCAGAAUCCUUCUUGCAGCAACGAAGCUGCGUGGUCAGGAAAGAUAUCUGUACAUGAGACAGGACCAGAACCUAAAAAUGAGUUUCAAAUGGACUUGGAAGCGGAAGAACCUCAGACUACUGAAACUGUAGUUACCGACAACAGAACGUUUGAUCGUGACAGUGAAACACUUGAUCCUGAUUCCAAUUCAGGUGUGACUGAAGAUAAUAAGAAUCUACGAGAGAAAUAUUACAACCUAGAUGAAGACAUUUCUGUUUGGUCGGAUUUCUUGGGAACUUGCUUGCACCCCAAAUCAAUUCAGUUGGCGGGGAAUUUCCUGCAUGAGGGAAGUGCAAAUCCUUUUAAUGUGUUUGGAUAUGGACAGAGCAUAGUAAAGGACGAACACUUUUAUGAUGAGCUUGAAAAUAAUCUUCAUUUCUUUGUGGAAGAGUGUGACAGACUUCAGGGAUUUCAGAUUUUUGCUGAUGUGUACAAUGGUUUUGGUGGUUUGAGCAGCCAAAUAAUUGAAGAGCUACGAGAUGACUAUGGAUCUAAAUCAUUUCUUACAUUUGGAGUUACACCAACUCAAUUUCCAGAUGGAACACACAAAGACACCGCUCACAGAAUCCUGAAUUCAGCUUUGAGUUAUGGCCAUUUGUCGCAAAACAGUGACAUGUUCAUUCCACUGUCACUUGCUAGUGAGGCAUGGCCACGUAUGAGACAAGCCAGGGAGUUUCCUCUUCUCACUUAUAAGCCUGCUCUUUCAUACCACACAAGUGCAAUCCUAGGAGUGUGUGUAGAUACAAUAACCAUGUCAUACAGAUUGCUCACACCUCAGGUGGCUAAUAUGAGCAGUUUUAUAGACAGUGUAGCGUUUGGAGGGAGAAAGAUUGCCAGCCUUUCCUCAACAUUUCCCUUGCCUGUGGAAGAGACUGUUCCUUUAGCAUCACUUCUGGGUUCUAGACUUCAUAGAAGCGGACAGGAGCUCUUGCAAUUCCUGACUCCUGGUGUUUCAAAUUCCUCCUCUUUGAUAUCCCAGUCUGCAGUCAUAAGAGGCAUUCCUUCAUCUCUUACCCAUAACCCUCAGCGGAACGUCCAAACCCAGAAUCCCUCGCAGCACGAGAACCCUUUUGAAGUCUGCUCAGCCACCAAUGAAAUGGUUCAAACGUUCUUGCAGAAUUUACAUCCCCAAACCUCCCCCUUGUGUUGGAAUGUGAAUCAAGCUUGCAUGGUUAAGCCGCCAUUUCCAAAUAUUUUCGCUUCAAGGGUAACUAGUGAUGGAUUUGUCGUAGAAGGAUAUGCAAGACCGGAGGGUAGAAGAGUGAAUCAAACAAGUGUGCUUAGUCGCGUCGAGUCAAAUUCCGGCAUUGCGGGCAUGUUGUUGUCAUUGAUUCAGUGGGCAAAAAAAGUUAAUAUCAACAAACAUCAUCUGUUUUUGGAGUCUGGAACUGAAGCAGAAACAUUUAAAGAAAUGCUUGAGGAUUUGACAUGCUUGUCGGAACGUUACGAGAACCCAUGACAAGGCGUUAAAUAUUUUGCUUCAUGGAAGGGCUAAAGCUCGAAACAACAGCCAAGUCUAAACGGCAUUUAGUUCAUCUUCACAAGUCACAAGUUCACAACAAAUUAAAAAUUCUAACUUGCUUGUCAGCGCAACGGAAUGGCUUCUUCAGAAACUAACUCCAUGUAUAUAUUGUAUAUUUUACUAAUUUUGAUGAAAUCGCUUACCGGGUAGUUACCGGUAAUAGGAAACGAAGACGUUCUUUUGGCCAAUCACAAUGCGUAAAGAAGUCACUCUUCCCAGCUGAAAAGAGUAACACAUACUCUACAAUUGAAUGUAACUAAAUCAUUCAACAAAUAGAAAAUAAAAGCAAUUGCAAAGAAUAACAAAAGCCCGUAAUAUCGCUAGAGGUAUUGAUAAAUUGAAAAGGAUCUCACAUGAUUUUUUAAAGGCAGCCUAUGAACUAGUCUGAGACGCAGACACUACAUAGCGCUUGUGUUAAACAACGCAACUUAACUAUGAACGUGACAGACUUACACUUUCUUUCACGCUGCCGCAUUCGUAGGAUAACGUUAACGGUAAAAAACGAAUGCCACGGCCUUACUUCAGCCAGUUAUCCGAAAGGAUUUCUUCGACCUGCUGAAACGGUUCCUCGAAAGACGCGAUGAUAAGUUCCUAGCUAAAAAUGCUUUGGACUAGGAUAACAAGGUUAGGGGAGUUGGAAGAAUUCGAGACAGUUAUGCAAGUCGAGGGUUAGCAUAACUGCUGGACAUCUAAACACAACCAAAAGAACGCACUUUCCACUUUCCUUACCCAAGUUCUCACAAAGACAGCGGUAAGCACGAUAAAGAGAAAAAUCCAAUUCCACAGAAAACCGAGAAAUAUUUUCAACGAGUGCGUACAAGUCAGGAAAUUUCUCGUCCGUGCGAAGGUGAAAGUUUUAAAUAAUGGGAACCGAAAAAAUUGACGUUACAAUGGACAGCUCACACGACACACCUUCAAUGUAAGAGCGCGAGAGAAGGUGCGCGCGCGCAAAUGCACGAGCUCCAAAAGGAGUGAACAAAAGUUUUCUUUUAAAUUACCAAAAGCAAACCAAGUAUAGUACAGCCGAAGUUCCGUUUGACUUGGAGACAGGCCAGGGAGUACGACCGGUACCAUUCACGAAGGGACUCGUUUUCCGCACAGCGGUCGCCUAAUCAAACCCAGCAAAAAGAGAAAAGGUUGCGGCUUUGCCAUCUUUUCCAACCGUCCAUGUCUCGAGUCACAAACCACAAUCUGAGGGUUAAGGAAACAUUUCACACCCCCUAAAAUAUGGAAGGGAUUACCCUCCGCGCAGUGGUUUGGACGCCUCUGAUCUGUUUCCACAGCUUAAAUAUACGUCUUCCUUGUUCAAAUUCGUGUAAGGACAAUCUUUCAAGGAUUGGAAAGACAUCAACGUAACAGAAAGCGGCCCAUAGCUCACCCAGGAAAACGUGAACAAGCAUUGAUUGGGCAUGUUAAGUACUACAGAGCCCGCCACUUUUGGUUUUUAACUUUCAUGUUUCUGAUCUGCUGACCAGGAUCACGAUUAGCUAAGUAACAUUCUUAGGCCCCGUCCUACCCCGGAGAAAGUUGAAAACGCAGCUUUCUUUCUACGUUAGGCCUACCGUCCACACUAAUCCGUC